AUGGCGUUCAAGUAUGAAGUUUGCGCCGCGCUCGCUUCGCAGUAUUCGGCUCCGGAGGCAGAGGAGUACAAAAGGCUUCAGCAGACUAUGCUUGACGAGCUUCGUCAGGUCGACUCGAUCGAGGUCGUCAGGUACAACGACCUUGCUGAUUUUCGAUCAGGAGAAAUUGCGGCCUGGCUGGGAAGUUCGACAUCGAACAGCUUCCCUCGUCAUUAUGCUGCACUCCGGCGGGAAUGGCAAAAUACCAUCUCGCAAGGUGGCUGGGCAGCGACAGAGAAGGUACUACAAAGAGAGUAUGACUGGCGGCGUGGUAACUGGUACAGUGUUGCAAAGCUUGUCGAUUUUCCGAAAGUCGUGCGACCGGGCUUCGCCUUGAUACAUGAGCUCGCUGUCCGGGAUCCUCCCAGUGUGGAUGAUAAGGAACAGUAUCCCGCUUGGAGGCGCUUGGUUGACGGACUGCCUGCAGCAGAUGUGUGGAGUGACUUUGUUCACUUCCAAGUCGUCUCCAGAGUGAUUGAAUCAUCUGAACAGAGAGCCUCCGCACAUCCGACGAUACCUCUAAGACCGCACAAGAGCUCGCGCACGAACGGGCUUUUCAUGGCUUGCAUCGACCUUGACACCAGUGGUCAGGACAAAGAUUUCAGCUAG